GGAGAGGACGCAGGGAGGAUGGAGACACGAGCGAGCGACGAGGACGGAGUGAUCUCGCGGUGGUUCGAAAGAGCGGCGGGAGACAGAGAGCGGCGGGACGAGGAUAGAGAAAAGGAGAGGGAGGGAGAGAGAGAGAGAAGGCGCGUGAACCAGAGAGACGGUGGUACGGAGGACGCGAUGUACCCGCUUAAUUAUCCCUCCGUGCCUCUCUCACGUAUGCGCCUAGCCUCGACGCUCGGCCUCUCGGUCGCUCCACCAUCGUCGCCGUCGUUGUCAUCGUCGCCGUCGCCGUCGCCGUCCACCGUCGUCGUCGUCGUAGGGAGAGAAGCGGCGGCCUCUCUCGCCGGUGGUGGGGCGGUCGGCUGUACGCGCGACGGCCGCAGGAGCGAGCGAGACGGCGCGCCGUCGUAGCGCGCUCGGCUUAGCCGGCGGCUUGGUGAGAGAGAAGCCCCUGGUGGGGAUAGUGCACGCUCCGGCCGUUCCGAGGGCCGCCACGGCGGCGCAAAACAUUCAGUCGGCAAAAAGUAGCCAAGGGGUGAGCAUCACCCUGAGGUAGCCACACGGAGCCACACGCACAGCCGAGCGGAGAGAACGGAGUGUAUCGCACAGCCGUAGGAGCCCGUAGCCGCUCUAGCCGCCGGCGCUCCGAUUUCCGUCACCCGAGAGUUCGUUUCGCGCAAGAUAACGUCCGGAGGACCGGACACCGAGGACAACGUUAUCCUGGCCGUCGGUGAUUCCCGCCUUGUUCGGCUUUGUUAUUUUUUUCGUCCGACCGGCGCGUGAAAAUCGGCCGCGCGAACAUUACGCGUUCGACGACGAGAGUGUGAACACCGUCCGCGAGUGCGCGUACCCGUCCUGCCUCUCACCCGUGUCUUCUCGCCCACCCUCCUCCUCCCGCAUCGGUCCCCCUUUAAAUACUACGUAUCCUCAGUCGCGGCCGCGUUGCUCGCGCGUGCCACCCCCGCGAGGCGUGCGCGCGCGAUCGAGGGAGAUGAGCGGGACCGCCGUCGCGGAUCGGACAGAAGAUCGAUGAAUCGUUGCCGCGCCGGUGCCGCGCCGGAACACCGCUGAGUCCCGUCCCGCCGGUUCCGCCGAGAGAUCGACGCUAUGAGCCGCGAGAUCGCGCGGUGCCGCGACGUCGUGCAAGGUCGUCGCAGCAGCUGAGACUUUGAAAGUGCGGGACACGUCAAGGUCAGCCCCGCGCGUUCCUCCGCGCGUGUCCUGCGCCGCCGGACGACCACGGCGACCACGACGACGACGACGCCGUCGACGACGACGAGGAGGUGGAGGUGGAGGAGGAUCGCGACCACGACGAGGAGGCUGAAGACGCGGGAUUGGAGACCCGUGGUAGCGGUGCCGCGGCGGAACCGCGGCCGAGGGACCGGCCACGAUCGGCAUGGAGGUGCGCGCGAUGGAGUACCGUCCCGUGGUGCCCGCGGGGGUGAUGCCCACCCACGGACUCCACCAGGACUAUCACGCCGCUAUCCCGGACCUCAGCCCGCCGAGGAGCCAGGGCUCCUCGACCGGCGGCGCUUCCUCGAUCGGCGACUACGCGCCGCGAAUGUACACGCCGCCCACGCCGCCCACGCCGCACGAGGACGAGAAGAUAUUCGGUAGCAAGGCGGAUCUGCAGCUUCACACGCAGAUUCACAUGCGCGAGGCAAAACCGUACAAGUGCACGCAGUGCUCGAAGGCGUUCGCCAACUCCUCGUACCUGUCUCAGCAUACGAGGAUCCACCUGGGCAUUAAGCCGUACCGUUGCGAGAUUUGCCAACGGAAGUUCACCCAGCUGAGCCAUCUACAGCAGCACAUCCGCACGCACACCGGCGAUAAGCCGUACAAGUGCCGGCAUCCUGGCUGCACGAAGGCGUUCAGCCAAUUGAGCAACCUACAGAGCCAUUCCCGAUGCCACCAGACCGACAAGCCGUACAAGUGUAACUCCUGUUACAAGUGCUUCUCCGACGAGCCGAGUCUGCUCGAGCACAUACCGAAGCACAAGGAGUCGAAGCACCUGAAAACGCACAUCUGCCAGUACUGCGGUAAGAGUUACACUCAGGAGACCUAUCUGGCGAAGCACAUGCAGAAGCACGCGGAGAGAACGGACAAGAGACCACCGAUCAUCGGCACGGGCCUCAGGCCGUCGAUACACGCGAUGACCGCUCACCAUCAGGACCACUACUGGCCCAAGGUCAGCCCGGACGCGGUGAUCGGCGACCUGCACGAGAGAUUGCCGCACCAUCACACGGAAUACCAUCAGAAUCAGAAUCCGGAGAUGCUGGGACUGCCGGGACACGGGCAUCGCGCUGGCGAAUCUUUGGAGAACGACUCGAGGCAACAGACGCCUCAACCGGGCGCGAAUCAUCAUCCGAACAGCAGCUCGGCCUUCACGCCAAUAUCGUCGAUCUCGAUCAACUCUAUCUCCUCGAUGCAGCACCCGCUGAACCCGCUGAAUCACCUACACUACCCUGGUAGCCAUCACCCGGCGUCCCGGCCGUACCUCUACGAGGCAUUCAACACGACGUCCUCGCAGAAGUCCUCGCCGACGUCCUCGUCGUCCGGGGUGACGCCCGGUACUACCAGCAAUCCAAACGCCUCCUUCCCCAAUCAGCUGAUUAGUCUUCAUCAAAUCAGAAAUUAUGCUCACCAGCCAAAUCUCGGCAAUCUAGGCAACCUGGGGAAUUUAGGGAACCUGAGCAAUCUCAGUAAUCUUAGUGCCACGAUGGAGAGCCAUGCGCUGCUGGGCGGUCUUAAAGAGAAGCAGUAAUUCUGCCCGGUCUUUGGAGAUUAACCUCGGAAAGCAUUCGUGCGCUCUCCGCCUCGCUCCUUCUAUCCUUUUUCUUCUGCUUUCUACGUGGCACGUCAUGACGCUGGCUCUUCAUCGCAACUCGAUCGUUUUCUUCCCCGUGAUCUCUUUACCUCCCCCCUUUUUUAUCCUCUCUUAUCUACGAUUCUUUCGGUUCUAUGUAUACAUAACUCAAUUAGGAUGCGCUUGCAUACUUUGUGUUAUCAUAUACAUAAAGAAUCUGUUGUUACGUGUGUAGCGUAAAGAGUAAAUUAUUUAUAUUUGGAAACUGUUGGAUUGACAAAUCCAACGACUGUUUUUCCUUUCUAACUUUUUUUAUAAAUUGCAUCCGAAUAUCUUGAUUAUUGUCGAAAUUAAAGAUACAUUUGGAAUGAUUCAUUUUUAUUGCGAUAUUUAAUCAAAGUUCGGAAUCUCUCUCACACACACACGCACACACAUACACACCCACACACACUGUUUCGCAGUACAACCGUAUAACGCGUUGGAAACCUUGGUUUACAUUCCUUGAUAUAAUAAGACUGACGUGACGUAGUUUCCUCGUAGACUACGUCUUUACGUGCUGGUCUAAUUAUUGAUGAUCGAUAUGAUCGCCGAUCAAUGAUCAUCAAGAAUCGUUUCGUUGUUUUCCCACAACUAAAAAUCUAAUCUCUGUGUCGGUCGAGGAUACACAAUCGAUUUACUCGACUGUUUCACAUUCUCCACGCUUUUCAGCGUGCUAAUCCUCGCCAAUAAUCAUGCGUGCCAAUUACGUGCUAGAAAGUUCCAUCAAUACACAUUCGUUGCGAUAUAAUCCAUAUCUGACGUCGGUCGUUUAGAACUGACAUUUGAAUGAUAAAGUGGAGCACGAUCAUGGAUUAACUUGUAUUCGAAUGCUGGAUGAUACACUUUCAUAAUAACUAGAAAGUAUACGGCGUGCUGACGAUGAACUGUGAGCCGAUUUCCUCCUCGGUUCGUCAGAAAAGAUUUUAGCAAACACAGAAGUAAUAUAAUAAUAAUUUGCUCGGAAUCACAGCUUCUUUGACUCCCAAUUUUUUUGACACAUUCCCUGUUGUAUUUCUUAUCACUUUACCCCGUCAAAUCGCUUCGGACGAUCAAAUUUCAACUGGAAUUAUUUUUUACGUUAUUCCCACUCGAGAAGCAUAUUCUGAGUUUGUCAUUACUUAAAAUUCUAAGUUUCAAGAUUUAUUACACAAUUAUUUUAUUCUACUUUUUUAGUUCUUUUAUUCUUUUUGUUUCAUUUACUUCUUUCCUUUCACUUUACAUUCCUUAUUUUUUACGUACGCUCCAAGAGCACUGGAUUAUGUAAAAAAAAAAACACUACGAUUAUAUGAAAAAUGUACUUUUGCAAUUUAGUUAAAAGUAAAUCUUUCGUAACGUGCGUUGUGAACGCUAAGUUUUAAUAAAUUUAGGAUUUUGUCGCAAUUUGCAAAGCAAAUCGUUGUUAUGGAGACAAGUAUACUGAAAGAAAAUAUAUACGGAAUAUGCGGACUGAUAAGCUAAGGGAUUAGAUAUCCGUACGAUAUGGGACAAGGUACAUGCGAAUAUUAUAUCUUGACGUACGCGGAAGAAAACGGAUAGGCAGAUAUACGGAAGAAACGAGCGAAAAGUAUAUUUUUCGCAUUGUGGAAGAAAAAAUAUUUGCAAAAUUAUGCGAAAGCGCCAGUAGUAACGAAGGCAUGACGAGAAGAGAGGAACGUUAUAAAGAAAAGCGCGAAGACUGGCAUAAAUAAAUAAAGAUACGCGAGAAUCUCGUAUAGAAAUAUAUACGGACACAAUAUAUAUAUAUGU